GUCUCCGUAGAGUAGUAGAGUAGUAGUACCGGUCUGGAUCAGGCCGAGUCCGCCCAGAGGUGUUGGUGAUGCCGGCGGCCCUUGAUUUUGCGGCGUCUCGAUCGAGACAACUCUCGUGGUUGGCUCCUUGUUCAGGCGGCGUCCGCGAUCGUGCAGCUCUUGAUUGAGGAGGAGAGGAUUGAAGCUUCAAGCACUGAUUUGCCGACCUGGUCUUGUAUGAGGUGGGCGACGCUGACCAUGCGCUUGCUCGCUGACAGGCACCAACGUGCGUUGCGCGAGGGCAAGUGUUUGCUGUCGAUCAGCAGCAAAGUGUCUUUAACCCUGGCGGAGGAGCAGCUGGCCGAAUAUCUCUUUAUCAAAAGUCCUCAAUGGGCGGCCGAGUUUCCCGAACUGAAGCAAACCUGUUGUCAGCUUUUGGUGGCCCGCCUGCAAGCAGUGCCGCUGAGCAUGGGCAGGUUGCAGAAGCGCAGCCCAGGCGAGCCUCUGUGGCACGGGCUGAGCGCCAGCAGGCGGAGCCGAGUGGUGACCAGUGACAUGUACUCUUCACGCAAAAACCCCGAGGCGAGCCUCGAUUUGCGAGGGCGGCCCUUUCGGACCAUGGGCGAGCUCCCGGCCCUCGACGCGUGGGACGCCCGUGGCGUGGCGGCGCUCUUCACGCACUCGGCGGACGCGUUGCCGCCACCGCCGGGCUUCAGCUCCGAGAGCGAAGAGGACGAGACCGACGAGGAGGACUGAGGUGAACCUGUGAGGUGAAUCGAACUUUUCAUUUUUUAAAUAAUAGCUUCGCAGGUUGGGCCAUGUGUGAACCAAC